UAUGGCGGCGUCAGAGGGGGCGCGUAGUGGCUGGAGCGAAUCUAGACGACCCUAAAAGGGUUCAUUUUCACACUGACUCGGGGCCAACGCAGAAAACGGUCCUUACUGGUGGUUCCGCUUAUAGAUGCCGUUAAUCUGUUGCCUGCAAAUUUGAUAAAUUGCCUAAUAUUGCUAAUACAAGUGAGGUGGGUGGGCACAUACUGAUAGCUAUCGCGCUAGCAAGCCUGCUAGGACAGCUAGUAGCUUGCUAGCUAGCUCGGAUAGCUGUCUAGCCCGGACUUGAAGAGGGGUCGAAGAAUACUCCUGAAUAGGCCCCUUCGCUCUGUUGGGGGAUGUGAUCCAAGAGGACGGUGGGUUGGCUUGCGACGUCCCAGGGAUUGUAACAUAUAACUCGGAGAGAAAUGGGACAACAGGUUGGACGCGUGGGCGAGGGGGCUUCUUCAGGACUCCAACCGCAGCAGCCGCACUCUCAGCUGCAGCACCCCGGGAAAGCAAGUCGAUCGAGUGGCUCCGGGAGGAGACCCAAAGAAGUCGCGACUACUGGAACGCCACCAGGGAGAACAGCCGCUGCUAACUUGUCGGACCCGGGAAUUAAUAUAUUCACUCAACACUCAGAGGCCCUGCACCGGCCGUUUGGGCUGGACUCGGCGGCGUUGACCGAGGCUGUGCGCUGGAGCUCCAAGGAGAAUCUGCUGGGCGCCGCCGAGAGCGACCCCAACCUCUUCGUUGCACUUUAUGAUUUUGUCGCCAGCGGCGACAACACACUAAGCAUUACGAAAGGUGAGAAGCUGCGCGUUCUGGGCUACAACCAGAAUGGCGAGUGGAGCGAGGUGCGCUCCAAGAACGGCCAGGGCUGGGUGCCCAGCAACUACAUCACGCCGGUCAACAGCCUGGAGAAGCACAGCUGGUACCACGGGCCGGUGUCGCGCAGCGCCGCCGAGUACCUGCUCAGCAGCCUCAUCAACGGCAGCUUCCUGGUGCGCGAGAGCGAGAGCAGCCCCGGCCAGCUGUCCAUCUCGCUGCGCUACGAGGGACGCGUCUACCACUACCGCAUCAACACCGCCUCCGACGGCAAGGUGUACGUGACGUCGGAGAGCCGCUUCAGCACGCUGGCGGAGCUGGUGCACCACCACUCCACGGUGGCGGACGGCCUGGUGACCACGCUGCACUACCCGGCGCCCAAGCGCAACAAGCCCACCGUCUACGGCGUGUCGCCCAUCCACGACAAGUGGGAGAUGGAGCGCACCGACAUCACCAUGAAGCACAAGCUGGGCGGCGGCCAGUACGGCGAGGUCUACGUGGGCGUGUGGAAGAAGUACAACCUCACCGUGGCCGUCAAGACACUCAAGGAAGACACUAUGGAGGUGGAGGAGUUUCUGAAAGAGGCUGCGGUCAUGAAGGAGGUGAAGCAUCCUAACCUGGUGCAGCUGCUCGGUGUGUGUACGCUGGAGCCCCCCUUCUACAUCGUGACAGAGUACAUGCCCCAUGGGAACCUCCUGGACUACCUGCGCGAGUGUGACCGUGAGGAGGUGACUGCCGUGGUGCUGCUCUACAUGGCCACGCAGAUCUCCUCCGCCAUGGAGUACCUGGAGAAGAAGAACUUCAUCCACAGGGACCUGGCGGCGCGUAACUGUCUGGUGGGGGAGAACCACGUGGUGAAGGUGGCAGACUUUGGCCUGAGUCGGCUGAUGACGGGGGACACGUACACGGCCCACGCCGGAGCCAAGUUCCCCAUCAAGUGGACCGCUCCGGAGAGCCUGGCCUACAACACCUUCUCCAUCAAGUCCGACGUCUGGGCAUUCGGUGUGCUGCUGUGGGAGAUUGCCACCUACGGCAUGUCCCCGUACCCGGGCAUCGACCUGUCCCAGGUGUACGACCUGCUGGAGAAGGGCUACCGCAUGGAGCAGCCCGAGGGAUGCCCACCCAAAGUCUACGAGCUCAUGAGGGCCUGCUGGCAGUGGAGCCCCAUGGACCGACCCUCCUUUGCUGAGACCCACCAGGCCUUUGAGACCAUGUUCCACGACUCCAGCAUCUCAGAAGAGGUGGCAGAGGAGCUGUGUAAGACCUCCAGCCAGGGGGCCUCCUCUCACUCCUUCGGCCACGACAUGCCGCUGCUGCCCUCCAAGGGCUCCUCCCGGACGCUCCGCAAGCACGCCGAGAACAAGGAGAACAUCGAGGGCGGCCUGGACGGACGAGGCGACUCGGAAGAAAGAGGAGGAGGAGGGCUGGGCCCCGCAGGCCUGAUGGCGUCUCUGUUGGGAGGGGAGGGCCGUUCGGGCAGCUCCCCGGCGUUGCCGCGGAAACAGCGCGACAAAUCUCCCAGCAGCCUCUUGGAGGACGGCUCGGAGACCACCUUCACCCGGGACCGCAAGGCCGGCUUCUUCAGCUCGUUCAUGAAGAAGAAGUCUUCCUCGUCGUCCUCUUCCUCUCCCUCCUCUCACGCCCAGCAGAACCUUCCCAUGCCCCCCAAGCGCAGCAGCUCUUUCCGAGAGAUGGAGACGCAGCCCCACAAGAAGUACGAGCCCACGGCGGCGUUCUGCGCCCCUCCGCCCCCGGACGGCCUGGGCUUCUCCCCGUCCCACGGCGAGGCCAACCACAUCCAGGCGCGCUGCUGCGGCGCCGCCUUCGGUCAGAAACCCGGCGCGCCCUCUGCUGGACAGGUAGGGGGUAGCAGCAGCAGCGGCGGCAGCAGCAGCGGUAGCAGCUGGGGCAGCCUGGCCGGCUUCUUCACCCCGCGCCUGAUCAAGAAGACCCUGGGGCUGCGCUCGAGCGGCGGCAAGUCCCAGAGCUCGGACGAGAAGCCCUUCCCCAGGUCCAACUCCACGUCGUCCAUGUCGGCGGGGCUGCCCGACCUGGAGCGCAUGGCGCUCACGCUGCCGCGCAAGAGCAGCAACAGCAAGCCCCCGCUGGAGCGCACCGCCUCCACCACCUCGCAGCCCGAGAACGGGGCUCCCGGCCGGCCCCCGGAGGCGCCGCUCACGCCCCGCAAGAUGGACGAGGGCACGGCGCAGAUCCGCGAGCGGCCCAAGGCCAAGCUGCUGCCGCGCGGCGCCUCGGCGGGCACCAGGGUGCCAGGCGUCGGGGGCGAGGGAGAUGGCGGUCAACAGCAGGACACGAUGGGGGGACAGGACAGGCAGGGCUGGUCGUCGCCGUCGAAAAGCGGCUCGGCGGGCGUGCACAACCACAAGGUGCCGGUGGUCAUCUCGCCCACGCUGAAACACAGCCCGGCGGACGUGCACCUGGUCGGGGUGGACUCGCAGGGCAACCGCUUCAAGCUGCUCACGGACCACCAGUCCGCCGACAGAGACCGGCCGCGCCUGGUCAAGCCCAAGUGCGCGCCCCCUCCUCCACCCACGCUGCGCUCGCUCUCGCAGCCCUACGGAGGGCCGGACGGGCCGGACGACUUCCCUCCAGAGGUCAACGGCGAGGUGCCCACGCCCACGAAACGUUCAGGCCGGGGAGGAGGAGGCGGAGGCGAGAGGGAGAGGGAGCGGGGGAGGCCGGCCGUGCCCCCUCCGCAAGUGCCCCCGGCCCCCUCGCCCUCCUCCACCCCGACCAAGAUGGCCAACGGCGCCUCCUCCAGCACCCACAGCUCCUCGGUGGCCUCCAAGGUGGCGCUGCGGCGGACUCGGCAGCAGGUGGAGCGCGUGCUCCCCGACAAGGUGAGCAAGGAGGCGCUGCUGGAGUGCGCCGGGAGCCUGAGCAGCGCGCUCCACACCAGCGCCGAGCCGGCGUCCAGCAGCGCCGUCCUGGACGCCGGCCACCAGCUCCUGGACUACUGCUCGGGCUACGUGGACUGCAUCCCCCAGACGCGCAACAAGUUCGCUUUCCGCGAGGCCGUCGGCAAACUGGAGCUCAACCUGCAGGAGCUGCGCGCCUCCUCUGGGGCAGGAGGUGGAGGAGGAGGAGGUGGUGGGGGUUUAGGGAACACUCCCGCUUUGGACAACUUGCACAGCUGCAUUAAAGAAAUCAGUGACGUGGUGCAAAGGUAGCCACUGUGAAGACCCCCCCCCCCCCCCCCCCCCUCUCCCCCCUUUGACUCCCUCUGAACUUUCAACCUCUCAAUAUCUCCAUUUUCAUUUCAAACCACAGAAACACAACAAAAUGGAAACGACAAAGUGGGUUUCUGUUACAAGUGUUUAUUCAAUCUUUUGGGGGGACAGAGAGUGCAAAUCUCAGAAGUACCUCAGAUACACACACACACACACACACACACACACACACUUACACAGACAAAAUACUACAGACAGUCUCAGUAUUGUUUACAGCUGAUUCUCAGUACAGACCAGUGGAGAACACAGUUCUGAACAUGUAUAUAAGCUCGUCAUGUACACCAAACUACCCCGUAGUUUGAGUCACUCAGAUGACUGUCUCUGACUGACUAAAUCACAUGCCAAUCAAAACACAUCAUGUCCAAGUCAAUCAGGGUUAACUGACCGCGACAGGCAUGAUGAGUCCACACAUUCAAGUGCCACCAAUGUCUUGAGACACAAACACGGUAGUAGCGAAUAGUGGUUUACACCUUUUGGGACGUGUCCCACACGUGGAGACAGUAUAGAUCACUCACAUGCAUAUCUGUUGUAACUGGAUGCCAUCAAACCCAGUGGACAAACCUCACAAGAACUGGUAGGGCUGUAGAACAGAUGUGCGCUGUAUGGGACAAGUGUAGAUCAACUUUAUUAAUCACCUGGACCAUUCUACACAGAGAGGGUGCCAUGUAGCCAGAGUUGUCUGCUGGUUCAGUUUAGUUGUUACAGUAAGUUGUUUUCAAUUAGUUCCUUCAUUGGUGAUCAGCCAAAACCAUUAAUGGUCUAUAGCCACAAGCUUAGCCCCCUUUGGUUAAAUUGAGCCAUAUACAUUUCAUCUCAAGAGGAGUACUCGUGGUGCUAUUUGAGUUUGUAAGUCACUCAUUAAUGUUCUCAUUUGCUGGGUGCAGGGUAGGGCCCUGUAACCGUUAAUGAUGGGAAAGGGUCAGGCCAUGUGUGUGUAUAGGAGAAGUUGCCUUCAGAUUUGAACAGUACUGAAAUCCAUCAGUUCUGUCCCAAUGUGCCUGGUUUGCCAUACACUAAAAUGCAACUCUGAUCAAUAGUAUCUUAGGCCCAUCACAUUUCCAAUUCAUCACAUAAAGAGCAAAGUUGAAAGUUGAAUUUCAGAGGUGCGUUUUCUUUUUUUUUAUGUUUUCUAUUAUUUUAUACCUGCACAAAAAUUGUGCGGUAGCCUAAUGGUUUCACUUUAGAAUAUGUUUGUGUAUAAACUUGAAUUUUUAAAUUAUUUGUAUUAAAAGCACAGACAUCAUGUUUUUAAAAAUCUU